AUGUCUGAUAAACUUGUUGCUAAAGAAAGAUUUCUUAAUGUUUUCGAAGAUUUAAUCAAAGAAUUGAAACAAAUUUUAUUGUCAUAUAAUAUGCCACAAGAAGCCAUUGAUUGGUUUAUUAAAAGUUUAAAUUAUAAUACUCCCGGAGGGAAAUUAAAUCGAGGAUUAUCUGUUGUUGAUACUUAUGCUAUUUUAAAUAAUACUACUAGUGAUAAAUUAAAUGAUACUGAAUAUAAAAAAGUUGCUAUAUUAGGUUGGGCUAUUGAAUUAUUACAAGCAUAUUUUUUAGUUGCUGAUGAUAUGAUGGAUCAAUCAAAAACUAGAAGAGGUCAACCAUGUUGGUAUUUAGUUGAAGGAGUUAAUAAUAUUGCUAUUAAUGAUUCAUUUAUGUUAGAAGGUGCCAUUUAUAUUUUAUUGAAAAAUCAUUUCCGUCAAGAUCCUUAUUAUGUUGAUUUAUUAGAUUUAUUUCAUGAAGUCACUUUCCAAACUGAAUUAGGUCAAUUAUUAGAUUUAAUUACUGCUGAUGAAGAAAUUGUUGAUUUAAAUAAAUUUUCAUUAGAUAAACAUUCUUUCAUUGUUAUUUUUAAAACUGCUUAUUAUUCAUUUUAUUUACCAGUAGUAUUGGCAAUGUAUAUGAGUGGUAUUAAUAAUGAAAAAGAUUUAAAACAAGUUAAAGAUAUUUUAAUUCCUUUGGGAGAAUAUUUUCAAAUUCAAGAUGAUUUUUUGGAUUGUUUUGGUACUCCAGAACAAAUUGGGAAAAUUGGUACUGAUAUUAAAGAUAAUAAAUGUUCUUGGGUUAUUAAUCAAGCUUUAUUAAUUGUUACACCUGAACAACGUCAAUUAUUAGAUAAUAAUUAUGGUAAAAAAAAUGAUGAAUGUGAACAAAAAUGUAAAGAUUUAUUUAAACAAUUGGGAUUAGAAAAAAUUUAUCAUGAUUAUGAAGAAUCAAUUGUUAGUAAAUUAAGAAAACAAAUUGAUCAAAUUGAUGAAUCUAGAGGUUUAAAGAAAGAUGUUUUAACUGCUUUUUUGAGUAAAGUUUAUAAAAGAUCUAAAUAG